CUAAUGAUCAAUUGAGGAAAUAAAUUUUUACUUUCUCUCUAUCUCUGUGUGUUUGUUAUUCAGUUUGUUUCAUAUUCUAAAUUCAACGCCAUCGAAAUCAACCUCAACCAGAUCUCAAGUGAUAGAAUUUUGUUUUUGAUAUUGACGUUUUUUUUCGAUGAUAAUAAUCAUGUCAUCGUCAUCGACGAUUCGUUGUAAAUUCACUUUUGCCAUUCUGAUUUCGGCAUUGAUUUUUUCUUCAUUCCAUCUGGCCAGUUGUGAAGAUAUUCUUGAUGAUGAAUUAAAUUUAGAUUCCGCUGCAACUGUUGACCAGGAUUUUGGUGCACAUCAUGAUGGUUCGAAAACCGAUGAUCAAGUGAUUCAACGUGAAGAGGAAGCAAUUAAAUUGGAUGGCUUGAGUGUUGCACAAAUGAAAGAACUUCGUGAAAAGGCAGAAAAAUUCCAAUUUCAAGCCGAAGUAAAUCGUAUGAUGAAAUUGAUUAUUAAUUCAUUGUAUAGAAACAAAGAAAUUUUCCUUCGUGAACUUAUAUCUAAUGCAUCGGAUGCAUUGGACAAGAUUCGACUGUUGUCAUUGACUGAUAAAGAAGUAUUGGCCGCUACAGAUGAAUUAUCGAUACGAAUUAAAGCAGAUAAAGAUAGUAAAUUAUUGCAUAUAACCGAUACAGGUAUUGGUAUGACUAAAGAUGAAAUGGUCGCAAAUCUUGGUACGAUUGCUAAAUCUGGAACGGCAGAUUUUCUGAAAAAAUUAUCCGAAACCAAAGAUGUACGUGAAAUGAAUGAUUUAAUUGGUCAAUUUGGCGUUGGUUUUUAUUCGGCAUUCUUGAUUGCUGAUAAAGUUAUUGUCACAUCGAAAUCAAAUGAUGAUCCAGUACAACAUAUCUGGGAAUCGGAUGGUUCAUCAUUUACCAUUGCCGAAGAUCCACGUGGUCCUACAUUGAAACGUGGAACAUGUGUCACUUUGGUAUUGAAAGAAGAAGCUAAAGAUUAUCUUGAACAAGAUACACUGAAAAAUUUGAUUCGUAAAUAUAGUCAAUUUAUUAAUUUCAAAAUCUAUCUAUGGGCUAGUCGUAUUGAAACCACUGAAGAACCGAUUGAAAACGAAGAACCAGAAAAAACCGAAGAAGAUAAGCCAAAAACCACUGAUGAUGAUGAUGAAGCUAAAGUUGAAGAUGUAAAAGAUGACCAGGAAAAGAAACCGAAAACGAAAAAAGUUGAAAAAACCAUUUGGGAAUGGGAAUUGAUCAAUACAUCGAAACCGAUUUGGACACGUAAUCCUGCUGAUAUCACUGAUGAAGAAUAUAAUGAAUUCUAUAAAUCAAUGACACGUGAUACACAGGAUCCGUUGGCUAAAACACAUUUUAUUGCCGAAGGUGAAGUUACAUUCCGUUCAUUGUUAUAUGUACCAAAAGUGAAUCCAACGGAAACAUUGAAUCGUUAUGGAACACGUACUGAUAAUAUUAAACUCUAUGUUCGUCGUGUAUUCAUUACUGAUGAUUUCACUGAUAUGAUGCCAAAUUAUUUGAAUUUUAUUCGUGGCCUAGUCGAUAGUGAUGAUCUACCAUUGAAUGUAUCACGUGAAACAUUGCAACAGCAUAAAUUAUUGAAAGUUAUACGUAAAAAAUUGGUACGAAAAGUAUUGGAUAUGUUGAAGAAAAUCUCUGAAGCUGAUUAUGAAACAUUUUGGCGUGAAUAUAGUACAAAUAUUAAAUUGGGCAUUAUUGAAGAUAGUGCUAAUCGUGCCCGUUUGGCUAAAUUACUUCGUUUCCGUUCAUCAAAUUCAUUGGAUAAAAUGAUACCAUUGUCUGAUUAUGUGAAAAGAAUGAAAGAAAAACAAGAACAUGUAUAUUAUAUUGCUGGCACAUCAUUGGAUGAGGUCUCAAAAUCACCAUUCGUUGAACGUUUAUUGAAAAAAGGUUUUGAAGUCCUAUAUCUCACCGAUGCCGUGGAUGAAUAUGCUAUUUCAGCAUUACCUGAAUUUGAAGGUAAAAAAUUCCAAAAUGUAGCUAAAGAUGGUCUGGACCUUUCAUCGCAAUCGGAACGUAUGAAAGAAAAACAAGAACAAUUGGAGAAAGAAUUUGAACCGCUGAAAAAAUGGUUCCAAGACCUAUUGACGGAGAAAAUAUCAAAAGUUGUUGUAUCACAACGAUUACAUGAAUCACCAUGUGCAUUGGUUGCAUCACAAUUCGGUUGGACCGGUAAUAUGGAACGUUUAGCAUUGUCGAAUGCACAUUCCAAAUCCCAAGAUACUAUGCGUGAUUAUUAUCUAUCGCAAAAGAAAACAAUGGAAUUGAAUCCACGUCAUCCAUUGAUCAGAGAACUAUUGCGUCGUAUAGAAGAAGAUAAAGAAGAUCCAGUUGCCAAAAAUAUGGCCAUGUUAGUCUAUGAAACUGCCACAUUGCGGUCCGGUUAUCAAUUGGGUGAUACAACAUCAUUUGCACAACGUGUCGAGACAUUACUUCGUAAAACAUUGGGUGUUGAUGAAAAUGCUCAAGUCGAUGAUGAUGAUGAUAACGAUGUUGAUGAUUUUAAUGAUGUCGAUAAAAUGGAUGAUUCGGAAAACAACCAAGCCAAAGAUGAUGAAUCUGUCAAUGAUGACCACGAUGAACUGUAAAAAAAACAAGCAAUUUCUCCGGUUUCUUCAAAAAUUUUUUUUUCAAAAAUUGAAUUUCCUUUUUUUUCUUUUUAAUAUUUAAAAUAUAAAAUUUUUCAAAUUUAUUAUCACAAUUUAUGUUUACAACAAUUUGUCUAGAAAAAAUUCAUUCAUUUGGUGUCACAUGUCAUAUGCUGUAAAUAAAAAUUUAAAUUUUUUUCUA